GGAGGGCACUAGUUCUUGAGUUCCCAAACAGAAAAGGUAAAAGUUAUUCUUGGACUGUACUAUUAGCGGCAUUUCCUGUGACGUGGUAAGAAAAGCCGAAAGCUGGGGAUAGCAUUUCUUUGGCAACAAGAGGUCAUCGGUCUAUCCAUUCUCAACAAACAAAAACAAAGACCAUUCAUACACCCACCUAUACUCACACAUUCCAUCAACACACACACCACCAGUCAUGGCUGCUGCAUCGUCAACUACUGGCGCCAGUACCGCAUAUUAUAUUGCCACACAGAAUCGCGUUUCCUCCAGAAAUUAUCGGUUUCCGACGUAUUAUGGUGCGAUAAAGCAACGCAGAAGAUUACUGGUCAUCAAGAAUUCCAGUGACGAAAGUGCUACGGCGACUAAUGCCGAGUCAGCAGAGAUUCCCGCGGAGCUCCCGAGAGGACCUCCGUCGCUUAUAUCAGCUCUUAAUGUGGAGAAAGCUUUGCGUGGCAUCGCAAUAUCGGAUACGGAUCAUUACGGGAUGCUAGGGCUUGGGACUGGAUGUUCGUACGAUCAGGUUAAUGUUGCGUAUAAGAACAAAGUAGCAGAGGUGAUGGAUAAAGGGCUAGCUGAGGAAGAACUCAGCAAGGAGCUAGACCUCCUCAAGCAAUCACAUUCUAUACUAUCAUCGGUGGAGGAAAGGAGGCUGUAUGAUUGGAGCUUGGCUAGGAGUGGGAAACCAGAUAGAUAUAUGUGGCCUUUUGAGGUCGACAUUACUCAAACUCCGACAGAAGAACCUCCUCCUCGGGUAAAGUCUCCGUUCCGCUCCCCCACAUACCCGUAUAGAAUAUCUCAAGCGUUUGUUCAUUUACGGGUCCAAUUCUCUAUGCGUAAGCGGUCUUACCCGUAUUGUACUCUAGAGGCUGCCAUUUCCGGUCCAAUUCUCUAAGCGUAAGCGGUCUUUUACCCGUAUUGUACUCUAGAGGACGGCAGCGAAACCAACAAAUUUGAGUUUGGUGCAAUUCUAAUUUGUUCUUAGUAACUAUUUUGUGUCGGAUUUCUACUUUCGGUUCACUCCAUAUACGAUCAAGAUCUGGUUUAUUACUUGUUCUUAGGCUCCCCACAAAUAUCUUAACAUACCAACGGCUUGAUCCGGUUUAUUACUAGUUCUUAGCCACCCAACAAAUAUCUUAACAUACCAACCACAGUGUCCCAUUUCCCGCAUUCGUUAAUGGUACAAGAUUUCAACCCAUCAAUCGGACUGUCCAUUUUUCAUAGUCGUCAAUGGUGCGGAAAUUCAGUCUGUGAAUCUGUCCAAGCCUCCAUAGUAAAGGUUCGGGUCAUGUCCUCCGGACUACCAUGUGAUUUGUAUUUCAAACAGUGUUAUGUCUCAAAAGUUGUCCAGUAGUUUGUUAGAGGCCGCCCGUCAUCUCCAUGCAAGCUUUUGGUAAUACGUUUCUUACAAGUACGUCUGAUGCAAUUUCCU